CCACUGGGCAUAGACUCAACCAGAUUCAACCAGUGUGUUCCCACUGGGCAUAGACUCAACCAGAUUCAACCAGUGUGUUCCCAGUGGGUUAGACUCAACCAGAUUCAACCAGUGUGUUCCCAGUGGGUUAGGACGACUUCAUCAAAACCUGCCUCCAACCACCUCUGCAUUUAAACGCUCUCUGCCUCAACUACUAUAAUGGCCUGAUAUGGGGAUCUGUAAUGUUACUGUGUUUAUUAGUUAACUACUAUAAUGGCCUGAUAUGGGGAUCUAUAAUGUUACUGUGUUUAUUAGGUAACUACUAUAAUGGCCUGAUAUGGGGAUCUAUAAUGUCACUGUGUUUAUUAGUUAACUACUAUAAUGGCCUGAUAUGGGGAUCUAUAAUGUCACUGUGUUUAUUAGGUAACUACUAUAAUGGCCUGAUAUGGGGAUCUAUAAUGUCACUGUGUUUAUUAGUUAACUACUAUAAUGGCCUGAUAUGGGGAUCUAUAAUGUCACUGUGUUUAUUAGGUAACUACUAUAAUGGCCUGAUAUGGGGAUCUAUAAUGUCACUGUGUUUAUUAGGUAACUACUAUAAUGGCCUGAUAUGGGGAUCUAUAAUGUCACUGUGUUUAUUAGGUAACUACUAUAAUGGCCUGAUAUGGGGAUCUAUAAUGUCACUGUGUUUAUUAGGUAACUACUAUAAUGGCCUGAUAUGGGGAUCUAUAAUGUCACUGUGUUUAUUAGGUAACUACUAUAAUGGCCUGAUAUGGGGAUCUAUAAUGUCACUGUGUUUAUUAGUUAACUACUAUAAUGGCCUGAUAUGGGGAUCUAUAAUGUCACUGUGUUUAUUAGGUAACUACUAUAAUGGCCUGAUAUGGGGAUCUAUAAUGUCACUGUGUUUAUUAGGUAACUACUAUAAUGGCCUGAUAUGGGGAUCUAUAAUGUCACUGUGUUUAUUAGGUAACUACUAUAAUGGCCUGAUAUGGGGAUCUAUAAUGUUACUGUGUUUAUUAGGUAACUACUAUAAUGGCCUGAUAUGGGGAUCUAUAAUGUCACUGUGUUUAUUAGGUAACUACUAUAAUGGCCUGAUAUGGGGAUCUAUAAUGUCACUGUGUUUAUUAGUUAACUACUAUAAUGGCCUGAUAUGGGGAUCUAUAAUGUUACUGUGUUUAUUAGGUAACUACUAUAAUGGCCUGAUAUGGGGAUCUAUAAUGUUCACUGUGUUUAUUAGUCAUAACUACUGCAAGAAGUGUAUUCACCAGACCCUCAUCGCCCAGAACUGCAACAAGCCCCAGGACAAGUUCAUCUGCCCCAUGUGUAGAAAGGUGAACAUCUUACCUGACAAGGGACUCAAUGGGUUGAAGAGGAACAUGUUUGUUGAGAACGUCGUGGCGAUAUUGAAAGAAAGGACAGAGAGUAACGAGGCUAAGCAGCAAGCUCUGAAGGAAUUCAUGUGCCCUGAUCAUAAUGAAAUCAUGAAUCUGGUGUGUCUGCAGGAUAACACGUUGAUCUGCGCAGGAUGUAAACUGUUUGGCCACCACAGCAGCCAUGCAGUGUCCAAGCUAUUUGAUGUGUACGAGCAGAGAAAGGAGGGCUUCGCCAAACAGAUGAAGAGUCUGCUGGACAAACAUGAAGCAAACAAAAAAUGCAUUGAGUUCACCAGAUAG